CUUGGAAAAAGGCGUCUCGUGGCUGGCGCAUUCCAGAGUCCCAGACUCUACCCCGCUCUGUUUCCGUCGGCCAGAUUGAAGGAAAAAUAUAGGUAUAAAGGCUCCGCGGUUACAAUGUUCCAUUAGAAGCCUAGUCCCGCUCCUGAUUUCCGGGAAUUCUCCCUGAAACCCCCAUUAUCUCUCUCUCUCUCUCUCCCUCUGCAAUUCGUCAUUCAUUCCAGUGUUUCUUCAAUCCAUGGCGGCCUUCCGCCUUCCAAGAGCGAAAGAUUUGUCGGUGGCGUCGUCAUUUUCAUGGAUUACAAAUGCUUGCCUGAGGAGGAGCUUGUCUUCAACCGCAGUUUCUGAAGCAGCUGCGGCUGAAGUACACCCUGCUCCAUUUUCUUCGUCGCCGCCGCCGUCCAUGAAAUCCUUCCUAGUUCGUCGAGAUCCAAAAGAAAGGAACGUGCAGUGGGUGUUCCUGGGCUGCCCAGGUGUAGGGAAGGGCACCUACUCCAGUCGUCUCUGUAAUCUCCUAGGCGUCCCUCACAUCGCUACUGGUGAUCUCGUUCGGGAGGAGCUCUCCUCCUCCGGCCCCCUCUCCAAGGAGCUUGCAGAGAUUGUAAAUCAAGGCAAAUUAGUUUCGGAUGAAAUCAUAUUAAAUUUGUUGUCUCAGCGGCUUGAAGCUGGAGAAGCCAGGGGUGAAUCAGGUUUCAUUCUUGAUGGUUUUCCUCGAACAAUAAGACAAGCGGAAAUAUUGGAGGAUGUGACCGACAUUGAUUUAGUUGUUAAUCUAAAGCUCCGGGAAGAUGUACUUCUUGAGAAAUGCCUUGGAAGAAGGAUUUGCAGCCAGUGUGGUGGGAACUUCAAUGUCGCAAAUAUUGAUGUCAAGGGUGAGAAUGGGAAACCUGGAAUGUACAUGGCUCCACUUCUUCCCCCUCCUCAUUGUACAUCAAAGCUCAUCACCCGAUCUGAUGAUACAGAAGAAGUUGUAAAAGAACGACUUCGCAUAUAUUAUGAAAUGAGCCAGCCUGUAGAGGAGUUCUAUCGCAGUCGAGGAAAGUUGUUGGAAUUCGAUCUACCAGGAGGGAUCCCUGAAUCUUGGCCUAAGUUGCUGCAAGCUCUGAACCUUGAUGACCAUGAUGACAAACAGUCUGCAGCAGCAUGAGUUCCUAUCAUGUGCAGUAGAUUCUCAGUGUGAGUAGGUCAUUCUUCGCAUGUGCACACGGUGUACAUGCAAGUAAUUUUGACAGAAAAACAACAAAUUUUUUCCAUCUGUCACUAAAUAAAAAAGCUUGAAAUCUGGUCAUACAUUUAAUGAGAUGGCUGCCUACUUGGGCAUUUAAGAUAUGUAGUACAGCAGAAUUUGGUCUAUUAUUUGAAGAAAUAUAAGGCUAAACAUCACUAUUAUUUUGAGUGGUGAAGAAUUAUAUUCUUGGAAGUAUUCAUUUCGAUGAUUGAAGAAUUUCAACCCUGGAAAUCAUGGAGAUCAGUUAGUCUGUGAUUACAAUAUUAUCCACCUAAAGAUUGUGGAAUUUCAGUUCUCUUGUUCACUUUGUUGUAAGUUUUGAUAGUUCACUAUUUGUAACAUAAUAAUGACACACAGGGUUCAAACUGGAAAAAAAAAAAAUCGAAGUAUUGGUUCAGUGGUUCAA